AGGACGGACAGCCGGAAGACGUGCCCACGCAUGACAGGAUAAAUAGCUCCUCUCGCGCGGUUUGGAACUUGUAAGAGUGACGUGUUUUGCUGUGAGGAGUGGGAGGUGGUGGUAAACCUCCUAUCAGAAGCUUCUACUUUAUAAUUCACAAAGGAAAACAAUUGAUUAACCAUGGGAAUCUUGAUGUCUCUUAAAAAUUACUUGUUUUCAACAAAAGAAAUGCGCAUUCUCAUGGUCGGUCUGGAUGCUGCUGGAAAGACCACCAUUCUGUACAAAUUGAAGCUUGGUGAAAUUGUUACCACAAUACCCACCAUCGGUUUUAACGUUGAGACAGUAGAAUAUAAAAACAUCAGUUUCACUGUGUGGGAUGUUGGUGGCCAGGACAAAAUCCGACCACUGUGGCGUCACUACUUCCAGAACACACAAGGAUUGAUAUUUGUGGUUGAUAGUAAUGAUAAAGAGCGUAUGUCUGAGGCACGUGAGGAACUGAUGCAGAUGCUUGGAGAAGAUGAGUUGCGUGCUGCUGUUCUUCUUGUCUUUGCCAACAAACAGGAUCUGCCGAAUGCAAUGAGUCCAGCUCAAAUCACAGACAAACUGGGCCUGAAUGCCCUGCGCAGCCACGUCUGGUAUAUUCAGGCCACAUGUGCCACCAGUGGUGAUGGUCUCGACAAAGGUCUGGACUGGUUAGCUGCUCAGUUGAGACACAAGUGAGGACUGCUUUCUGAGGAUUGUUGGGAAAUAUUGACUCACUCGGUGAGGUGAAUUUAGCCACGCAAACUUUUUACUUCUAUCAUUUCCUUGGGGUGUGGUGUCUGCUGGUUACUGUCUUGAAUCAAGGAUACAUGCAAUAGUGUCUCUGAUUUUGCUGUAGUCUCCUCCAAGACUUGUCAAGCAGCUCCUGUUGGCUUAAUGUGAGAAAUUCAAAUUUUGAACUGGACCCUGUGGAAAGAUUUAAUGAACCAACAAUGCAUUAAGAUUUCAUUCAAUCAAUAGUGCACUUACUACAUUCCAAUAAGAUAUCUUUGCUUUUUUUAAACUGCACUUUUGACCACUUCUAUAAACUCUGCAAGCAUUUUGUUCAGUUCUCCUGUAAUUCAUUAUAGUCUCUGGAUUAGUAAAUUGUUCUAGCUAUUUUAGGUUUUUGUUUUAAUGCCUAACCAGUAACAGAAUAGGUACUGCGAAACUAGACUUAUUAAAUAUUUUACCUGUUCACCUCUGCAAAA